AGUAGGUUACUUGCCAGUGAAUGCUUUCUGGGAUGAAGAUGUGUGCAGAUAGCAGUCACUGAUCAGCCAGGCCUGCAGGGGAAUGUGUUGUUUGUUCUCAAACACUGGAUAUGCUGGGUCAAUGAACUGUUACUCCAGGAAGCAGAGCUGAGAGGACAAAUUGAGAAGGCAUUAUUAUCAUGACAAGCAGGAAUGCAACACUUCUCCAGAAGUCUCUCAUCUAGGGAAGCAUGCAAGAAAGCAACCUUUAAACCACUGACUGUAACCUGGUCCAGGUUUGUCAGUGCCUGCUGAAAAAGACUUCUAGAGCUUUAAAGCAGGCUGCAAGACAACUGUCCUCAGCAGGAUUCAGGAUCUUCCCAGGCACCUCUCCAGCCCUACACACAGAACAAGAUGAUUGACCUAAGCUUCCUAACAGAGGAGGAACAAGAGGCAAUAAUGAAAGUGCUGCAACGGGAUGCAGAGCUUAAAAGAACUGAAGAAGAGAGAGUCAGGCAUUUACCAGAAAAAGUCAAAGACCGUGUUCAGCUGAAGAAUAUGAGUGGGCAGUGGUUUUAUGAGGCCAAGUCGAAGAGGCACAGGGAUAAGAUCCAUGGAGCAGAUAUUAUCAGAGCUUCCAUGCGCAGGAAACCUGCCACCAUUGCUGAAAUGGGUCAGAACAAAACGAGCAAAGCGAAGAUCAGCUGGGUGAACAAUGUUAAUAAAGAAGUCUUUGUGCCACCAGAUCUACACAGCGUUGUGGAACAUCAAGAAGAAGAACAACAGAAAACUAGUUCAAGUUCCAAGGAAGUAACCCCUGCUUUAAACAAACCAGAGGAAAGACCUAUGAAGGCAGUCUCAUCAGUAAGGCAAAGGAGAAAUCCAUUUAAUUCCACUGCAUCAGAUGAUAACUUGAACAGUGAGGAAUCAGAGGACAGAUCAGCCACUGUACCUCAGCUAUCAAAGAAGGAAAUUUGGUCACUCUCAGAAGACAGCCCACCUAAAUCAAAUUUACAAAAUGAUGAAACAGCUAAACCUGAGAAGCCUUCUGUAGAACUUACUGAUGAAUCACAGAAGGAACUAGCUAAGCGUCCUGUCCCAAAAGCUAGGAAACUAAUUCACAAAGCAGCAGAUUCUCUAUCACAGAGAGAAGAUCUUGUUCCCAAACAAGCAGCCAAGCAGACUGAGAGGAUUAAUGGCAUUGUAUCACAGAGAGAAGAUCUUGUUCCCAAACCAGCCAAGCAGACUGAGAGGAUUAAUGGCAUUGGUACCCCACCCAGGGGAAUUCUGAAGCGCAGUGGUACCCCGCCCAGGGGAAUUCUGAAGCGCAGCUCAAGCUCAAGUUCCACUGACUCAGAAGUUCGGGUCAGUCAGGUGUUAGAUGUUCAGAAAAAGAAUGGUCUUUCUACUGCAACUAUUUUUGAAGGAGAAGCUCAGGUAAAGGAAAACCUCUGCAAAGCCCGCAGCUGCACCAUGGUAAAGAAAAAGGAGAGCAUGAUAUCUUAA